AUUUCCGUAGAAGAAGAAAGCCGGCAGUAGCAUUUCGUGCGCAUGGCGCUAUUUGGGAAAUUAUUUAACGCUUGCUGAAUACGUCCUCAACUUUUAUCUUGUUUCGAAGAGAAUAUUUGCUGACUGCAUUAUAACAGAAUACAGUUCUCUACAAGAUGGAGGCUGAUCUGUAUGAUGAGUUUGGAAACUACAUCGGUCCAGAGCUGGACUCUGACGAUGAUGAUGACGAUCUGGAGGCAGAAGACAGAGAUGUCGAUGAGGGUGAUGAAGAUGAUGAUGAUGAGCCUGCUGAUGCUGAUGACGAUGUUCCCGGCAUGGAGGUGGUCCUGCACGAGGACAAGAAGUACUAUCCGACAGCAGAGGAGGUUUACGGGCCAGAAGUGGAAACUAUCGUCCAGGAGGAAGACACACAGCCUCUUACAGAGCCCAUCAUCAAACCUGUGAAGAACAGGCAGUUCACCCUGAUGGAGCAGGAGUUACCUGCCACUGUUUAUGAUAUGGAAUUCCUUGCAGAUUUGAUGGACAGUCCGGAGCUGAUUCGUAACGUCACCUUGUGUGGUCACCUCCACCACGGCAAGACCUGUUUCGUGGACUGCCUGAUCGAACAGACACAUCCAGAAAUCAGGAAAAGAGAUGAUGUGGAUCUCCGGUACACAGACAUCCUCUUUACAGAACAGGAGAGAGGAGUUGGUAUCAAGAGUACCCCUGUCACAAUGGUCCUGCCAGACUCCAGAGGCAAAUCCUACCUAUUCAACAUAAUGGAUACACCAGGUCACGUCAACUUCUCUGAUGAGGUCACAUCCAGCAUCCGGAUCUCAGACGGCAUCGUCCUCUUCAUUGACGCAGCAGAGGGAGUGAUGCUCAACACAGAGCGUCUGAUCAAACAUGCAGUUCAGGAGCGUAUGGCCAUCACCAUCUGCAUCAACAAGGUGGACCGACUCAUCGUGGAGCUCAAACUGCCUCCCACAGAUGCUUAUUAUAAACUGCGCCACAUUGUGGACGAGGUCAACGGUUUGCUCAGUACGUACUCCACAGAUGAGAACUUGGUGGUUUCUCCUCUCCUGGGAAACGUGUGCUUCGCCAGCUCUCAGUACAGCAUCUGUUUCACACUGGGGUCCUUUGCAAAGAUCUACUCGGACACUUACGGUGACAUAAACUAUAACGAGUUUUCAAAGAGACUUUGGGGAGACAUUUAUUUCAACCCUAAAACUCGCAAGUUCACAAAGAAAGCUCCCAGCAGUAACUCCCAGCGCAGCUUUGUGGAAUUCGUCCUAGAGCCUCUCUACAAGAUCCUUUCACAGGUUGUUGGGGAUGUGGACACGUCUCUCCCACGAGUUCUGGAUGAGCUGGGGAUCCACCUGACUAAAGAGGAACUGAAGCUGAACAUUAGACCCUUGCUGAGGCUGGUCUGUAACCGCUUCUUUGGAGAGUUCACAGGCUUUGUGGACAUGUGUGUACAACACAUCUCCUCACCACAAGAGGGCGCUAGGAACAAGAUAGAGCACACCUACGCUGGAGGUCUGGACUCGGACCUGGGGGAGGCCAUGGCAGAAUGUGACCCUGAUGGUCCUUUGAUGUGCCACACCACUAAGAUGUACAGCACAGAGGACGGGGUUCAGUUCCAUGCAUUUGGCAGGGUGCUAAGCGGGACCAUUCAGGCGGGUCAGCCUGUCAAGGUUUUAGGAGAGAACUACACCCUUGAAGACGAGGAGGACUCUCAGGUCUGCACUGUGGGUCGUCUCUGGAUUUCUGUCGCCAGAUACCAAAUUGAAGUGAAUCGAGUGCCCGCCGGGAACUGGGUUCUCAUUGAAGGUUGCGACCAGCCGAUAGUGAAGACCGCCACAAUCACAGAGCCCAGAGGGAACGAAGAGGCUCAGAUUUUCAGGCCGUUGAAGUUCAACACGGCAUCGGUUAUCAAGAUCGCCGUGGAGCCUGUGAACCCAUCAGAGCUGCCGAAAAUGUUGGACGGACUGAGGAAGGUCAACAAGAGCUAUCCCUCUCUCACCACAAAGGUGGAGGAGUCUGGAGAGCAUGUUAUCUUAGGCACAGGAGAGCUCUAUCUGGACUGUGUCAUGCACGACCUGCGUAAGAUGUACUCUGAGAUUGAUAUUAAAGUUGCCGACCCAGUUGUGACUUUCUGUGAAACAGUCGUGGAGACGUCAUCCCUCAAGUGCUUCGCCGAAACGCCUAACAAAAAGAAUAAGAUCACCAUGAUUGCAGAGCCCUUGGAGAAGGGACUGGCUGAGGACAUAGAGAACGAAGUGGUGCAGAUCACGUGGAACAGGAAGAAGCUGGGAGAGUUUUUCCAGACAAAGUACGACUGGGAUCUGUUGGCUGCCAGAUCUAUCUGGGCCUUUGGACCGGACACGACGGGACCAAACAUUCUUGUUGAUGAUACACUGCCUUCUGAGGUGGACAAGGCUCUGCUGGGCUCGGUCAAAGACAGCAUCGUCCAGGGCUUCCAGUGGGGCACCAGGGAGGGGCCUCUGUGUGACGAACCCAUCAGAAAUGUAAAGUUCAAGAUCCUGGAUGCCGUCAUCGCUCAGGAGCCCCUGCACAGAGGAGGAGGCCAGGUCAUCCCUACAGCCAGGAGAGUGGUGUACUCUGCUUUCCUCAUGGCGACUCCGAGGUUGAUGGAGCCUUAUUACUUUGUGGAGGUUCAGGCUCCGGCUGAUUGUGUAUCUGCCGUCUACACAGUGCUGGCUAGAAGAAGAGGUCACGUCACCCAGGAUGCACCUAUUCCAGGGUCUCCUCUCUACACCAUUAAGGCUUUCAUCCCAGCCAUCGACUCCUUCGGCUUUGAGACAGACCUUCGCACACAUACACAGGGGCAGGCCUUUGCUCUGUCUGUGUUCCACCACUGGCAGAUUGUGCCUGGUGACCCCUUGGACAAGAGUAUUGUGAUCAGGCCUCUCGAGCCUCAGCCCGCCCCCCAUCUGGCCAGAGAGUUCAUGAUCAAGACCCGAAGGCGCAAGGGUCUGAGCGAGGACGUGAGUAUCAGCAAGUUCUUCGACGAUCCUAUGUUGUUGGAGCUGGCCAAACAAGACGUGGUGCUUAACUACCCCAUGUGAGAGAGAGCGACGCUCACCGCGGCCAACAACUAAACCUCCACUUGUCACUCAGCCGCUUGUUUUAAAGGAUAUUUGCGGUAUAAUACGACCACAACACCACAUGCAGGUUACACACUGGUUAUUCUGAAUCUCCAAAGACCACAUGGCUGUUUUUAUUAGCUUGUCUCCCAUUUGCUAAUGUAAAUCACACAACCAGCAACUUUAUAAAAGAUCUGUAAAAAGGGGAGAUCACCUUUUUAGAUUCAUAGAAACCAUGAAAACAAACAGCCCCUGCUGUCAGGAGGGUUAUUGGUCUUUCCUUUAGAGAGCAGCUGUAAUUUUCAAACAUUGCAGAUGUUUGUUGAAUCUCAUCUUUGUCUUGUAUUUAAUUUUUUUUUAUAUGUAAAAAAAAUAUCAUUGUUUUGUAGAAUAAGGAAACUUGGAAGGCUUUUUUAAAAAAAAGAAAUUGUCAUUGAUCUGGUUUAUAUCUGAAUAAAAUAA